CAGCGCCCUGCAGGUUGACGGCGCCGGUGGCGGACGUUGUUAACCCGGGCCACGACCGAUCCGGUAUGGAAUUCUUUGGAUGAACGCUCAUAUUUGUUUGGCAAGGUUUUAAGCCGGAUGCCCUUCCUGACGCAACCCUCUGCAUUUAUCCGGGCUUGGGACCGGCCUACAGUUUGCACUGACUUGUGCCCCCCAUAGGGCUGCAUUAAAUUCAGACUUGCCUGUAUACUGUAAAACCCAUUUCAAAAAAUCUGCCAUCUCGCGGGGCGCCAAUGUAAUACUUAAUCAUCUAUUUGUUCCUUACUAGCAUUUGCUUUUUGUUCCUUAGAGAGAGGGGUAUGCGUCAGCCAUUUUGACUUGAAGUUCCUUGCCCUAUAAAAGGCUACAGGCGAGUUGCUAAAUGUCUCAUAGCACUCCACACAUGCACACCUAAUCCUGGACUAACAAAAAUAAUGAUAUUUAUGGUGAUUUUGAGCCGCUUCCAGCGCCACCUGUGCUUGCUUCUUGCGGUCUCAUGCGAGUGGCCUGUCUCGUCUCAUCGAGCAAUUAGCGCCUCUAAUCCACUUGUGCCUCGACAACCUUGUGAGGGACUAAAGAGUGAAGCAGCUUUAGGGCAGCACAGAGUGUAAAGAGCCGCGCAACCCAAACCUGGAAACUUCCUUUUGACUUUGUUUUUUCCCCCCAAGAUGGCCCCCGUCAACAUGUUCACCUGACUAGAUGAGUGGUUGAUGAGGCACUGCAAAUGUCCUAAUAAAUGCACCUUGGACAUAGUGACAGGAUUAACCACGAACAGUCAUGGGAUGUGGCGUCACCAAGUCCAACCAGUUCCAAAAACACCCGGUAAAAAGCGUCACAUGUAAGCCGUGUCUGUUCUUUGUUUUGUGUUUAUUAGUUGGACGAGAUGCAUUUGAGUUAUUGUUGUUGUUGUAGCCUUGCUUUAAUGAAUUUUUCCAUAAUUAUGUCCGAGUCUCUUUUAUUACAAUACAGCUGAAGUGAAAACCCAGGGAAAAAAACAACUACUUUUAUAGGGGAAACGUUGAUUGAUUGAUUGAUUGAUUUUUACCAAACGGAAGCCAAUUUUUAAAAAGUACACAUUGUUAAAAUGUAAUGCAAUUUAUUUUAAAAAGUUAUCUUUUGGUCAAAUUAUAAUUUUCUGAUUUGAUGAAUAUAAUUACCAUUUUUUUUUAUAUGUUAUUAAUUGGCGGAACGGUGGUUAGCACAUCCGCCUCACAGUUCUGAGGACCGGUGUUCAAUCCCCGGCCCCGCCUGUGUGGAUUUUGCAUGUUCUCCCCGUGCCUGCGUGGGUUUUCUCUGGGCACUCCGGUUUCCUCCCACAUCCCAAAAACCAGCGAGGUAGGUUGACUGAAGACUCUAAACUGUCCGUAGGUGUGAAUGUGAGUGCGAAUGGUUGUUUGUUUGUAUGUGCCCUGCGAUUGGCUGGCGACCAGUUCAGGAUGUACCCCGCCUCUCGCCCGGAGUUAGCUGGGAUAGGCUCCAGCACGCCCGCGAGCCUUGUGAGGAUAAAGCGGUAUGGAAAAUGGAUGGAUGGAUGGAUGUUAUUAAUUUAUUCAUUGUGUUUAUUAAAAAAAUAUAUAUUAAUUAAGAGUUUAAAUUACCAUUGUAAUGCAUCUAUGGAAUUCAUUAAAACAUAAUUACAUUUUAAUAAAUAGGAAACAUUUUGUGAGUAUUCUAUUGUCAAUAAAUUUAUAUUAUUGUAUCCAUAUUUUCCAGUUUUAUGAAAUAAAUAAAAAGAAUAAGAGCAAUAAAACAUCAAAUUUUUGUUAAAUUAUAUCUUCCUGAUUUAUUUAAUUUGUUUAAAUGCAAUACAAUUGUAAUUAAUAUAAUGAAAAUAUACUGUGGGUACGGAAAGUAUUCAGACCCCAUUAAUUUUUUCACUCUUUGUUAUAUUGUAGCCAUUUGCUAUAUUAAUUUAAGUUAAUUUUUUCCCCCUCAUUAAUAUACACACAGCACCCCAUACUGACAGAAAAAAAACAUAAUUGUUGAAAUUCUGCGGCUUUAUUAAAAAAGAAAAACUGAAAUAUCACACAGCCAUGAGUAUUCAGACCGUUUGCUCAGUAUUUAGGAGAAGCACCCUUUUGAGUUAAUACAGGCAUGAGUCUUUUUGGAAAUGAUAUUUUUGACACCUGGAUUUGGGGAUGGUUUUCUCCACACAUACCGCCUAGAAAUAAGACCAAAAAGUUCUAUCUUGGUCUCAUCAGACCAGAGAAUCUUAUUUCUCACCAUCUUGGAGUCCUUCAGGUGUUUUUUUAGCAAACUCCAUGCGGGCUUUCAUGUGUCUUGCACUGAGGAGAGGCUUCCGUCGGGCCACUCUGCUAUAAAGCGCCGACUGGUGGAGGGAUGCAGUGAUGGUUGACUUUCCAGAACUUUCUCCCAUGUCCCGACUGCAUUUCUGGAGCUCAGCCACAGUGAUCUUUGGGUUCUUCUUUACCUCUCUCACCAAGGCUCUUCCCCCCCAAUUGCUGUUCGGCCAGACGGCCAGCUCUAGGAAGGGUUCUGGUCGUCCCAAACGUCUUCCAUUUAGGGAUUAUGGAGGCCACUGUUUUCUUAGGAACCUUAAGUGUAACAGAUUUUUUUUAAUAACCUUGGCCAGAUCUAUGUCUUGCCACAAUUCUGUCUCUGAGCUCUUCAGGCAGUUCCUUUGACCUCAUGAUUCUCAUUUGCUCUGACAUGCACUGUGACCUGUACGGUCUUAUAUAGACAGGUGUGUGGCUUUCCUAAUCAAGUCCAAUCAGUAUAAUCAAACACAGCUGGACUCCAAUGAAGGUGUAGAACCAUCUCAAGCAUGAUCAGAAGAAAUGCACAGCACCCGAGUUAAAUAUAUGAGUGUCACAGCAAAGGGUCUGAAUACUUGUGAUAUUUCAGUUUUUCUUUUUUAAUAAAUGGGCAAAAAUUUAAAUUUAUCUAAAAAAGAAACAACCAUUCGCACUCACAUUCACACCUACGGGCAAUUUAGAGUUGUCAAUUAACCUACCAUGCAUGUUUUUGGGAUGUGGAGUGCCCGGAGAAAACCCACGCAGGUACGGGGAGAACAUGCAAACCCACACAGGCGGGGCCGGAGAUUGAACCCGGGUCCUCAGAACUGUGAGGCAGACGCUCUAAGCAGUCGGCCACUGUGCCCUGUUGCUUACUUAGUUUUUAUUAAAGAAAGCAGUGUUUCCCAACCUUUACUAAGCCAAGGCACCCAUUUGGAGAAAAAAACAAAAUGUCACAAAAGGCAUCUAUACUGAAAAAAUGAUGACAUCAACUCACUGGACUCACAAAUUGACUUAUUGUGAAAUGUGGGCCCGUUUACUUGUAGUUGACCACAAAGUUAUUAUUCUGUGGUAUGGAUGGUAACAGGUUAAUUGUACCUUCCGCCAUCUUGUGAAAGGGCAUUUGAUUGUUCUGGCUGUCGCUAUACGUCCCUUGCAUAGAUGAACAAAUAGAUUAUAUGUAAGAAAGAACUCCCUUUCUGACCAAUUAAGUGAGACUACGGCACACCUGAUGAUCUCUCACGGCACAGUGGUUGGGAAUCACUGUACGGUAUUAAGGUAUUAAAGUUGAAGGCGGUUCCUGAUGGUGUGCUUUGGUGGUGCAGCGAUAAGGGCGGCUGUGCUGAUCCAGCAGUGGUACCGUCAGUAUGUGGCACGCAUGGAGAUGAGAAGGAGGUACACCUGGCACAUCUUCCAGUCCAUUGAGUACUCGGGAGAGCAGGCUCAGAUCAAGCUGUAUAACUUCCUGGGCUACCUCAUGGACAACUUCACACCAUCGAGCAGUGAAAGAAACCUGAUCUCGCACAUCUUCCGGGAGAAUGAGGUGUGUCGCGACCCCGAGUGGGAACGUUACUUCUGUUACAAGAACAUCGAAGUGCCCAAGAUCUACUCGGGACCUCACCUGUGCUUCCCUCUGACAGCAGAGCAGGCCAUCUGCCUAGUGGAGGCCUUCAGGAACAAGAAACAGUUGCACUCGCGUUACGUCCUGCAGCUCCUCCUGGAGACGUGGAAACUGCUGCGCAUGUUGCCCAACAUCAGCCGCAUCUCCACCUGCCACAGCAAAGAAAUCACCAUUUGCGGCGAUUUGCACGGGCAGCUGGAAGACCUGCUGUUGAUUUUCUACAAGAACGGAACGCCAUCCUUGGAGAAGCCCUAUGUAUUCAACGGCGACUUUGUGGACCGAGGUAAGGACUCCAUCGAGAUACUCCUCGUCCUCUUCGCCUUCCUGCUCGUCUAUCCCACCGAGGUGCACCUGAACCGAGGCAACCACGAGGACCACAUCAUCAACCUGCGGUAUGGCUUCACUAAGGAAGUGCUGACGAAAUACAAGAUGCACGGCAAACGGAUCCUAAAGCUGCUCCAGAAAAUCUUUAGCUGGUUGCCACUGGCGACGGUGAUCGACCAGAAAGUCCUGGUCCUGCACGGCGGCAUCUCGGAUUCCACGGAUCUGGGUGUGUUGGCUAAAGUGGACCGACACACUUACGUUUCAGCGCUGAGGCCCCCCAAGAAGAAGAAGUACCAGAGCUCCACGGGCACGUCCAUCGACUCCGACAUGGACGAUGACUGGGCCAAUCACAGGCUCCUCAAGCGACGGGCUUCCCUCACGUGUCCUAAAUUAUUGGGCAGCCGCGACAGCUUCCUCAACCGCUCCCUGCAGGACUUUUCCUAUCGGAUCAAGGUCAACGUGGAGGAUGAGCUGAAGUUCUGCCAGCAGAGAGCCGCACUAUUACAUUUGGGGAGCUUUGGCGCGGAAAAAGAAGGCCAGGCGUCCUUCGACUCGGUCGCUAGUGACAACGCCAAAGAAGAGUGGAAGCAGAUCCUGGACUUGCUGUGGAGCGACCCCAUGUCACAGGACGGCUGCAUACCCAACGAGCUGAGGGGCGGCGGAUGCUACUGGGGCCCCGACGUCACCGAGGACUUCCUGAGCAAGCACAACCUGCAGCUCAUCGUUCGCUCGCACGAGUGCAAACAGGACGGCUACGAGUUCUGCCACAAACGCAAGGUCCUCACGCUCUUCUCGGCCUCCAAUUAUUAUGACGUGGGGAGCAACCGAGGCGCAUACGUGAAGCUGGGACCCAACCUCGUGCCUUAUGUGGUUCAGUACCAGGCCAGCAGCAUGACCAGAGAACUGACCUCCCGACAAAGCUUGGGUCAAACAGAGCGCUCGGCCCUCAAAGUCCUUCGGGAGCAGCUGUUUUCCCACAAGUCGGACCUCAUUUGUGCCUUUAAAAGUUUCGAUUGCGACAACACGGGUAUGGUGUCCGUGACGGACUGGGCGUCAGCGGUCGAGAGCGCGAUGCGCCUCGGCCUUCCCUGGAGGAUGCUGCGCUCUCAGCUGGUCAGCGGCAAGAGCGGCGAGGGCCUCAUCGACUACCAGCAGUGGUUCAACGAGCUCGCCAUCAAAGGGGCCAACGCUGAUCAUAUUGACCAGUGUCUGCUUGAAACCUUGUACCGCCAUCGCUCCACUCUGGAGACCAUCUUCAGGAUCAUCGACACGGAUAAUUCAGGCUUCAUCUCGCCAACGGACUUCCAUCAGACGUGGAAGCUGCUGAGCGUCUACCUGAAGAUGGAGAUCACCGACGAGGCCAUCUCGGAGCUGGCAGUGGCCAUCGACAGCAACCACGACGGCGCCAUCGACAUCGACGAGUUCAUGGAAGCGUUCCGUCUCACCGACAAGAAGAGUCGGCUGGAGAGGGGACGCAGCAUGUUCAUGGGCACUGCGCCCGACCUCACCGCGCUCGACCAGUGCGAACACAUCUGAACAAGAAGUCACAUCUUCAUCUAAAGCAAUUACAUUCACGUCAACCCACAGCAAGCUUUCAUGGUUAUCGCUAGUGUAGUUUAGUGUAGCUUAAAAAUAUUAGUUUUUCAAUUUUAAAAUAUUUAUUUUUAUGGUGGAUUUUGAUUGGACAACACCUGAAAAUUUACUUCAGUUUGACAAAAAAAAACAUAUUUCUGUAUAUGUUUUUAAAGUAAAAACAUAUUUUAUUUUUAAAUUUAUUAAAAAAUACAUACUUUAUCACUUAAAAAAUAUACUAUAUAUAUAUAUAUAUAUAUAUAUAUAUCCAUCCAGCCAUCCAUUUUCUUUACCGCUUAUCCUCAUUAGGGUUGUGGGCGUGGUGGAGCCUAUCCCAGCUAUCGUCGGGCGGUUACACCCUGAACCGGUCGCCAGCCAAUCGCAGGGCGCAUAGAAACAAACAACCAUUCGCACUCACAUUCACACCUAUGGGCAAUUUAGAGUCUUCAAUGAACCUAGCAUGCAUGUUUUUUUGGGGAUGUGGGAGGAAACCGGACCGCCCGGAGAAACCCCACCCAGGCACAGGGAGAACAUGCAAACUCCACACAGGCGAACCCCGAUCCCCAAAAUCAGGAAACCCCUAUGUAAUACCUAUGUAAAAUGCGCACCAUCGAUUUGCUGCGAUCCAUAUGCUGUUUUUUUUAACCGAACGUUUGUGUCCCUGUGUAGGCAGUCUAAAAUGCUUAAUGUAAAAAGCUUAACGUGUGAAAACUGCAACUAAUCGUCAUCAAAAUGUAUGUGAACAUCUCUCCUAAUGCCCAAGUCUACCUCUGAAAAUCUAAGAACGAUCGCUGCAAUAUGUUGAAUAUUAUGGAAAUUAGUUUUCCUCUCCAUAGGCGCUCAUUAAGCUUCACGUCACUGACAUUGACCCUCGCAUAUUCAGGGUUUGGCAUUCGCAAAUUCACUUCGUAUCAGAUUUUUUGGGAACAUAUCCUCCAUUAUUCGCGGAACACCGCUUAUUCAGUUUUGUUUUUUUAUUUUUUAUUUUUGAGCGACGCCCUCUAUUCACAUAUUUUUGCUAAGAACGCUGGUCUACUGUAUUAUUCUUUUAAAUACAAACAACUGUGAAUGAACAUUCUAUAUUCGGUCACGAUACCACAUAUCUCCUUGAUCUAGUCAUAACAUGUUUGCUGUUAAAAGUGUUUGGGCCCUGAAGUUACACAUCCAUAUUGAUUGUUUCUUUGUUUAUUUGUCAGGGGUGUAAACUGGAUUCUUCUGUGUUAAAGUACAUUUGAUUGUGUGUAGAAAAAAAAACAAAAACUAAAAGUGUUCAACUCUGCAACACGAAGCAUAAGAUGCUCAUUGUGAAUUUUGUGUUCAUUUGAAUUAAGAUGUUAAAAAAAAAACAAAGUUGCACUAAGACAUGCACUAUGUUGUUAUUGAUGUUACAAAAUGUGUGUGCGUGUGUGUACUCUUUUUUUCUUAUUUAGGCACUGAAUGUAAAUGAAAUGCACAAAAGUAUGCACACGGUGCCUUCGUUAGCAGUAUUUGAAUGUAUAGUAUUGCGUCAUCCCAAUGUGGAGUCUGGAAUGAGCACUUUGUGUCUGUGCCAAGCAGUUUGUCCUGGACCACAAAAUAAUAUAUACACAGUUCAUCCUCCAUAAUACUGUAGUACAUGAUCAAAGAUUUCUGCAGUUCCAUUCCUCAAUGACUCUUGUUUGUUUGUUUGUUAGCCUGGUAAAUGUUUGCUUGAAAACUCUUAUGUUACUGUGUCAAAUUGAAAUGUAGAGGAUAUAAAAAGCCUACUGGAACAUCAGAACUUUAUUUGGGGAUAAUAAGAGGCAGCUUUCAAUGGUGGCCGGUGUGUGAUUAUUUCAAUUCAACAUGAGCUUGAAUGUGAUUGGUUCAUUCUGAACAUAGACUCAUCGGAUUUAAAGAGGAUGUGGACACUUGUGCAACCACAUUAUCUCAGUUGUGCAUUUGAACAGUAAACAUUUUAAAGCCACAAUAUUUAUACAUAUGUUUAGUUUGUGUGUUGCAUAAAGUUAAGUGGCAUGUUGACACUCAAAAUAA